AACAAGUUAAUUGAAUGUUUGCAGCCCCCGCGUUAUUGUUUAGCGCUGAAAGAACCGCCUUCGUACGACAUGAGCUCUUCCAGCUAUUCUCAUCCGCAUUCCGUCACCUUGUUUAACCUCGUUGAGAUAAUAAAGAGGCAAACACAAUAAACACACUACAGUCACGCACACCAUGUCUGAUAUCUCAGAAACUCCUGUGUCGCAAAGAUAUAAAAAAAUCGACUUCGAGAAACUGGGCAAAAAACAAGACAUAAUUCUUGCAGAAGCUGCUGUUUUAAAUGAAAUCAACGAAGAUUCUUUCCAUCGCGUUUCUCCUCUGGUCACUGACGUGUUUCAAGAGCUCGGAAAUUACGACAUUAAAUUUGACUUCGAUCCUUUCUCGGUAGACGAUUGUCGUUGUAACAACGUAUCUGCGCGUGAAAUAAACGUGUUGUGUUCGUUAAAACACGUUCCUCUUCACGCAUUGAUUAUUGAAGAAAGCGACCUUCCUGGAGGUGUGAAACUCAAAGUAAAAGACGACUUCGUUCAGAGAUUCGAUGAAGUUUCCUGGGAUGAUUUUAUUACGACGACAACUGAUGGUCGGUUUCUUGACCCGACGAAAGUACAUCAAAUAUUUUUGGAUGCACUCAUCUUUGCCGUGGGAGAGGUUCAGGCCAACACAACGAAUGCAUCGAUCGCUAUUUUUAAAGCAAGCUCAGCAAUAAGUUUACGGUUCCGAUUCAGUCCAGAAGAUGAUUAUUACAAAGUCAAUCUGUUUCCCUCCAUUCGUGCAACUCACUCCUGCGCGAAUUACCAAAAUUUGUUGAAAAUUUUCUCGAGUGUUCCGAAAACAGUUCUUAGGGAAUGUCGCGUUGAGCAAGGCAUCCAUGUUGUGGCAAAACCAGCAGCUGUUGAUUCACAGGAAGAUUCUUUCUGGAGUAUUACUUUCAACGAUAUUGAAAAACGAGUUGUACUUUCAGAGAGGUUCGAGUGCGCUAAAGACGCACUUCAUUGUCUUAACGAUAAGCUUACGAACACACUCAGCCAGGGAAAACAACUUUCUCAUUAUCAAAUCCGAGCGUUUGUUUUGCUUGAAAUCUUCAGGAAACCCGACGCGAAAGCUUGGAUGAGAACACGUUUACAGAAGAGGGUGGCCGGAGUUUUGAAAUCUUUGGAAAUCGGUCUACAGAAAGGAAGAUGUCCUCAUGUGUUUACAGGCGUGAACUUAUUUGCAGGAAUGACUCAGGAGGUUCUUCAGGAAAUAUCUUCAGGAAUCAGUGAAUAUUGUGAUAUAAGGCAUCGGUAGUAAUUAAAGUUACCGUGGCCUCGACUGUGGCUUCAUCUCUUCCAAAUUUGUGGCAUACUGCUGCUUUCCUAUUUACUGUCAUUAAUCUAUAUUGUGCAUUCCAAAAUAAUAUAAAGUAGCUAUAAUAUGUAGGCGGUAUUUGCGGUUACUUUUAUACCACUUCAUUUUGAGGAGAAAAAAUCUCACAAAAACAGUUUAAUGCGAUAGAGAUUAGGCUAGAUAAAGAUAUUAACUAAGGAUAAAGUUUUAGUGCAUAUUUUAGUUGAUAGUAAUCAGUAUUUAUAACGACGAUGUAUGCAUGUAUAUAAUUAUACAUAUAAUUAAAUAAGCCAUAUAUAAUAUAUAGUGUAUGUAUAUCCCGGAUUAGUUCAAGAACAGCACACUGUAACUCACAGUUUCUAUACCACAUUUAAUAAUAUUGCCGAAUAAACAGGUUCAACAGCAUGCCAGUGAAUUCAAAAUCUCAGUAGGCAGAAGAGUUUUAUUAAUUACCCCAAUUAUAACAACAAAACUUCACGAUGUUAAAACGAUUGUAAGAUAAAGAGAAAUAAAAGAUAGAUAAAGCAUGUAUGGGAAAGGUAACGUUUAUAUAUUAACUGAGCUUCCGUUGUCUAAUCAUUCUGUAUUUGGAUAUAUCUAUGAGUUUGAUAAGUAAGGAUGAGAGUGUCAUUCCUUUAAUAGAAAUGUUUUCCAUUUGCCAGAGUUCUAACCUAUUGCGGGCACAUUAACUAUACCAGUUCAGUGGAGGAUCAAUACCGAAUGUCCUGCAAUGCCAAUGUCUUCAUAGUUGAUUCAAAGUUGUUUGCCAAUAUCGAGUGAUAUUGUUCAACAACAGCCUUUGCUUGGAAACUCAUUUUUAAUAUGGUUUGAUAUA